AUUCCAUUUUGUUGCAGUUCAGUGUCGGGAGGGAGAAGUGGCGUAUUUACGGCCACUGUUAACAACAUAUAAGCCUCGAGAGUGACAGAUUUGUAGGAAAUAUAGCUUUGCUGUUCUUCCUACAGUAUCUGCCGAAGGAUAUCCGAGGCUAAGUAUAUUUUUUUCGACGAAAGGCUUCAACAACAAAGCCUGAAGAAGUCGGCAGUCGACUUCUUGGAGCAUCGUGCGCCGAGGUGAAUUGAUGUUCAGCUCGGCUUCACGGCAAAACAACGAUCAUUGGCACAUGAAAACCUCAGACCUUGCUGGACACACAAGUGCAGCGAGAAGUAGACAGAGAACUACUUCGAGGACCUGGGGACCGAUCGGCGGUGAGAGAUUAAAGCAAGAUCUCAUCGUCUUCAGCCUGACAACAAAGAGGUGACAGGUAGUACAGAAACAUGGGAGGUGGAGAGAGGUACAACAUUCCAAUUUCCCACCCUGAACGCCCCAAGAAGAGCCACCAGCUCGGCAAGGCCAAGCAGAGGAGCCGCGACCAGAGCGGAGCAGUAGUGGCAUCCGUGGGAGUGGCGGGGGGCCUUCACCAUCACGGUCACCGCCGGAGCGACAAGGGCACCACCUACCACAGGUCUCCGGAGGCACGGCAGGCCGCGUCUGUGGAGAAGAAUGCUUCUGUCCGUUUCGUCACCACCUACGAUCAAAACUGGGAGGGUGCAGUGUCUCACCUUAAUACGCUGCUAGCAACUCAGGGCAGCCCGAGUUAUGCAGGGCCUAAGUUCAGUGAGCCGCCCUCGCCCAGCGUGUUGCCCAAACCUCCCAGUCACUGGGUGUCUUUCCCUAUGGGAUCCUGUGACCACAGAGAGAUAAUGGCCUUUCAGCUAAAGAGCCUCCUGAAAGUGCAGGCUUGAGAUAGAAACCUCCACCUCAUUUAUAUCGAGCCAAUGUACUGCGACUCUAUAUAGGCACUCGCUUUCCAGGAACACCCCGUGGUUGUAAUAGAUUUGUCAUUUUUGGCUUAAAUCCUCUCAAAGUUGGGCAUUUGAAAUUGUGUUAGAGUUUUAGAACUGUUUUAAAGAUAUUACAGCCAUGUGGCCUUGCUGGUUGGCCAUGCCUUUAGUGGAGCCAGUUUCUUUGAUGACUGGAUCCUUUUUUUUUAAAACUUCUUUUUUGUUUUGUUCUUUUUAGUGUUGGCUGUUAAAGCAGAUUGAGUGUCCUUUUCCCAAAAUAGGGGUUGUAUUGUAGGUCAGGUAAACUCCAUCACUUUUACGGUCCAUUUCUAUGGACAGACACUUCUCUUUUACAUACGUUUUGAAGUUGAAUCUUUGGAGUGAGCUCCGAAGCUUCAGGUGCUAAAGUAAGUUCACAUUUGUAGCACUUGUUUUUUUUUUAAAAAGGCCCCCUUUUAUUUUCCUAGAUAUUACUUUACUUGUUUGGAAUGAAAAAGGCACUCAACUGCAGUUCUGCAGGGAAAAAGCUGUUUUAUUUGACAUGAGCUAGUAGCUAUGUACAGGACAAGCUGAAAGACUGACCUCAAAGGGUAACAAGAGACCAUGGCACACAGGCCUUGAACAACCAACUCCUGUAUCCUUUUUUAUUGCGCUGUGCGCACAUGCACUAUAGGAGUUGAGUGUGUCCAAAGCCUGCUACACUCUAUCAAAGCAUUAUUUUGUACAAGUCCUUUUGUUGCGAUUGAAAGCACUGUGUGUAACCAAAGCAAUGUUAUUUGCUGCAUAUUUUUCGCACCCUCUGUGUGGUUAAUAACUUCCACUCUCUUGCCUCUGUGGUGAGCGGACAUUUCCUUACUGUUCAUCUCUACAAUCAGUACUGUUACUACCCUUCAGUAGUCUGUCUCUUCAGCAGCUUUGGUGGUGCAGCUUUCAUGCGGAAGAGGGCCACGCUCGCGUGUUCCUGUUAGCUGCACCUAUUUGUGCUGAAGUGAGAGAGAACUAAGGAGCUUUUUCUUUAGGGACGUGUGUGGCCCAAGGGUCUCUGCGUGAGACAGAAGGCUGAUGUUUGUUUACAAGUUCUGUCUCUUAUUGACCAUCUGAUUAUCGGCACACUUGUUGCCUGUUGCCGCUGCCUGAUGUUUACCCUCUUGCACUGUAAUCAGAUUUACCCUUAAAACGCCAGGUUGGGAUGCUAGAUGGAAAUGCAAUGGACUAUCUUUAUGAAUUCUCUAUUUUGUGAUUGUUUGGUCCUUCGUUAAGGCUCAUUUGUGUUUGUUUUUUCUUCUUUUUUUUUCUUUUCCCUUUGCAGAGUUGAAGCUGUUUAUGGCCAGCAUAGAAAAUAACAAAACAAAGAGAUUGUGAAUUGUGUUCAGGAGCCAUGUAUAUAAUGAAAUGUAUAAAGUUCUUGUAGCAUAUGUACAUUUACAGGCCAUGUUUGAUGCCUGUCUGACAAAAGUAUUUUUAGUAAUAACACUGAAUGUAUAAGACAUGCUAAGGACGUGUCUUAACUUCAAUACUGAAGAAUAUUUUUGUUAAAAAAACGUAAAAAAUUCCCUUCCUGCCUAUAGCAUUUAACCAUACCCAGCACUGUUAUCUUUACGGAGAUCUUGCACAUGUUUUUUUAUUGUUUUGUAUUACACAGUGUAGGGUGAAAAAUGCUUAGUGCAAAUUAUAUAAAACAAUAUAAAAAUAGUGAUUGGAUUAAAGGAGACUUGCUUAUUUAUGGAUUUAAAGUUUCAAUCUAUUUGCAUUUUGUAAGAUCGACACUCUGUUGACAAAUGUGCCUAAGUUUAACCCCUGUUUUAUCUGAUAACUAUCACCCAAACUGUUGCUGUUUUUAGCUUUCAGGUGAUCUUCCGCCAUCUGAAAGUUAAACUUGGCUCAGUACUUUUAUUUACAGAAUUCUGGUCUAUUUUCAAAUGUUCCCCCUUUUCUUUUGGUCACAUGACGUAGCAAAGUCUCCUUACUCUAAAUUGUGAAACACGGAAACAAUUGGCUGGUAAUUUCUCCCUUUGAUAAGUCACCAAGUAUUUUGAGACAUGCCCUAAUUAAAAUUGGUUUUAAUUGGUGUUAAAAAUGUGAAAGAAUGCACUUUUAAACUGACAACAAAGUAAAAAAAAAAGAAAAUAAAUCCCUUCCCUCCCCCA